GACCGACUUCCGCAACAAAUCAUCUGACGAGGUAAACAGAUCCACGCUGCUGACUUGUAACUAUGUGAGACAUCCUGGGCGCAGGAAAAACUGCGAUAAUGUCACCGACAUAAUGCAGAUGGAAACUGACGAGUACGAUUUCAACUAUGUGAAAAAGGAGGACGAGCCGUGGAGCAGGGCGAGGAAGAGCCGCAGGUGCUCCGGCAGCUCGGUGGGCUCGGUCGGGUCCGGCACUUCCCCUGGGGCGACAGCAGUCCCGGCGUCGGCGCGCAAGCGGGGCGACAUGAAGGCCAAGCUGGAGCGGAGCCGCCAGAGCGCCCGCGAAUGCCGGGCACGCAAGAAGCUGCGCUACCAGUACCUCGAGGAGCUGGUCGCCGACCGCGAGAAGGCCGUGCUCGUGCUCAGGCAGGAGCUCGACGUGUAUCGGCAGUACUUCCAGGAGAUUGACGAGGGCCACAUUCCGGAGGCCGUGCUGCGCAUCCUGGAGGAAGACAAGGCCGGCACGUCGUCGCCCCAGUCGGAGUGAGGCCGCCGUUCUCGUGCAAAUAAAGAGCGCCCACUGCAACGCGGGCCCACUGGGCCGGCCAUGUUCCAA